AUUCAUAAUGUGCACAUCUGAAAUUGGAGCAUCUUUUGGGGUGUCCCCCGUUGAGGCUCCCUCCCUCCUUGACAUCAGUGAAGACGUCACGAGUGGUUACAUAUAACCAGUUGGAGACCUCCAGCAUAUCAGAGGCACCCACCCGCUUAACCAACUGCAGUUGAUUCCCGAGUCAUCAUGCGUGAAAUUGUACAUCUGCAAAUUGGUCAAUGUGGCAACCAAAUCGGCUCAAAGUUCUGGGAAGUGAUCAGCGCAGAACAUGGAAUCAGCAAGACAGGCAUCUAUGAGGGCGACAGCACAGUCCAAUUGGAGAGAGUCAAUGUCUACUUUAAUGAAGCACAUGGUAAGGCAUUAUCACGAGACUCCAUGAUGGACUUACUAAUGACAAAUGUGUCUCCAGGAGGUAAAUAUGUGCCUCGUUCCCUGCUGGUUGACCUGGAGCCCGGCACCAUGGACAGCAUCAGAGGGAGUCACAUCGGUGCUCUCUUCAGGCCGGACAACUUUAUUCAUGGCAAUUCAGGUGCUGGCAAUAACUGGGCAAAGGGCCACUACACCGAGGGGGCGGAGCUGAUAGAGCAGGUCAUGGACCGGGUGAGGAACGAGAGCGAGAGCUGUGAUUGCCUACAGGGCUUCCAGCUGGUUCACUCCCUCGGUGGCGGCACGGGUUCCGGCAUGGGGACCCUGAUGAUCAACAAGAUCCGAGAGGAGUAUCCCGACCGGAUCAUGACAAGCUUCAGUGUCAUGCCCUCACCAAAGGUCUCCGAUACUGUGGUGGAGCCCUACAAUGCCACCUUGUCGGUCCACCAGCUCCUGGAGAGCACGGACGAGACCUUCUGCAUCGACAACGAGGCGCUCUAUGACAUCUGCUUUCGCACGCUCAAACUCACCACUCCCACGUAUGGAGACCUCAACCACUUGGUGUCCAUGACCAUGAGCGGGGUCACCACCUCCCUGAGAUUCCCGGGUCAGCUCAAUGCCGAUCUGAGGAAGCUGGCGGUCAACAUGGUGCCUUUCCCCCGUCUCCACUUCUUCAUGCCCGGUUUCGCCCCGCUGACGCCACGCGGCAGUCAGCAGUACCGCGCCCUCACCGUACCCGAGCUCACCCAGCAGAUGUUCGACGCCCGUAACAUGAUGACGGCCUGCGACCCCAGACGGGGACGCUACCUCACGGUCGCCGGCAUCUUCCGCGGCAAGAUGUCUACCAAGGAAGUGGAUGAACAAAUGCUGGCCGUCCAGCAGAAGAACAGCAACUACUUUGUGGACUGGAUCCCACACAACGUCAAGGUCGCCGUGUGCGACAUCCCGCCCCGAGGCCUCAAACUAGCUUCCACGUUUAUUGGCAACAACACGGCCAUUCAGGAAAUAUUCCGCAGAGUGGGCGAUCAGUUCGCCUUGAUGUUCAGGCGCAAAGCCUUUCUCCACUGGUACACCGGCGAGGGCAUGGACGAGAUGGAGUUCACAGAGGCUGAGGGCAACCUCAACGACCUGGUUUCAGAGUACCUGCAGUACCAAGACGCCACGGCCGAGUCCGAACCGGAGGACGAAUACGAGCAAGAGCCGCCCGUCAUGGCUACAGCCACGAGGAUUCAGUCUCGGAUGGAAGUUACGACGGAAAUGGUGACAGAAACGACGAGGGAAACUGCGGAUGAGGACGUAGCGUGAAAUGUUGACAAUCCAAAAUCAAUGAGAAAUUGGUGCUAUGAAAUAUUUACACAAAUGUACGUUGGCUAUACUCGUUUUUAAGUUGGAUUGCAGGUUUAUUUGAAUAAAAUAUGUUUGGCAAACGGGCAGCAAAUUGUGGUUAGCACAUCUGCCUCACAAUUCAAAUUUUUUGGGGCUGGAAUCUCAGUUUAGGGAUUCUUGUGUGGUGUUUGUUCUCCCCAUGCAAAAACAUGCAUGUUAGUUUCAUUGAAGUUUUUAAAUUGUCCACUGGUGUCAAAGGUCAUUUGUCUAUCUAGUUAUGUGCACUGCUGUUGACCCGACGGACGGACAAUGGGAGGGAUACUUGACUUUGUAUUAAGGCUUCACUGUCUCUGUCUUAAUUCAUCUGUAUUUCAUUUAAUUUGUGAUUAGUUAUGUUCAAAGUGUUUGUUAAGAUGUUAUGCAGAAGUUAAGGAAAAAUCCUGAUGUGGUAACACUGUGACUAUAAAUUUACUUUUGUUUGUAUAUAAAGUCAGGGUGUAAUGAGAAAAAAAAAGUUGUAUUGCUAUGAAUAGUAUUAGCAUUUUUCUUGUAAAAUAAAAAUGUUAUUAUUGUAAUGCAUCUUGUACAAUUCAUAUUUCUUUCACAGUUUUAUUUCACAGUAAUAUAUUUGUUUCUCUCUUGUCUUUACUCUUGCAUGGCGCUUAUACUUCUUAAUGUAAUCAACAAAACGUUUUUUGAAACUAUAUUAAAUUGACUUGACUUUGGAUGAUGGACCGCAUUGAUGCUGAUAGUGUGCUUUUGUCACUUGGUUUCCUCCCACUGUGAGCAGCCUGGGACUUUGAGAUUACGCGUUUUACCGCCUUGAGUCUCUGUGGAAUCUGAUAAGUACAGAAAUAAACUUGCAUAAACUCGUGUA